UUAAUUUUGUUAUAUUGUUAAUUUUCGUAGUGAUCACUACUACAGACAUUAGAAAUAAUUCAAUAUAGCCUAAUACACUAUUUCCAAUGACUAAUUCCGUAUAUAUGCAAAUAUUAUGUACCAUAGUAUUACUCUGGUAACAUUUACGUAACAUGGUAACCAUUUAUAGUCAUUUCGCCAUAGUUUUUAAACAUGGACUAAUGCUAUUUAAAUUGUAUUUCUCAUAAAAAUAAAGAUUUUUUUAUGUUUACAACAUUUUUAUAGGUAAUCGUUAAAUAAUCAUACCGUUAUAGGCUCCCGCUUGUCUUUUUGUAAUGUUUUUUUCUGGAGCUGUAUGUUGUAAGCAUCAGGUCGGAACCUUCAGUAUAGUGCGCUCGUGCACCACGGACUGUUUUUCUAGACGCACCGCUGCGCUCAAGAGAGGUUAGUGCAGUUGUUUACUAUGGCUCAAGCAGACAGCAAGGCUCUGGCUCUCGGCGUUCUGGCAGGAGCUGCAGGUAUCAGCCUGGUGGUCGCCUGCUACAGGAGAUCUGGAGCUGGCGGUAGCAGGGUCCUACAGCGGACCAGGAAUACAGAUUAUGUAGAUGGUUUUCUGAGUCCGCAGACGGGUCAGGCAGAAGUUCUGGAUCGGCUGGGUGCUCUGAUCCAGUGCGUUUCUGAGCUUAAGGAUGAGGUGAGAGCCCUGAAGGAUGCGCUUCCACAUCUGCAAGACAAUGUCAGAGAUCAGCUGAGGGGUCGGAGUGGGGAAUAUGUAGCAGCUCGCAGGGCAAGCCCCGUUCACAGAACUCCCACCCGGAGGAAACGAGCAGGUGCCACAGCGAGAAGUGAAGGACAAAGUUCAGAAGAGGCAGAGAGUGAAGGAGGGUAUAUAACCGCGCUGACAGAUUCAGAGGAAGACCAAAGUGAUGAAGAUCUGAAGACCGUGAAGGAGCCAGUAGAUGAACUCGCAGCCCUACUGCAGAAAGCCGACCGUCUGCACAGCCUUAACGGGACGGAGAAAGCAGAGGGGCUGGACAUACUUCUAGAGAAGAAAGAUGAGUUCGAUCAGAAGUGCCAGUAUCUUUGGCGUUUGUCCAGAGCAUACUCUGAUGCCCACGAUUUCGCUGUGGACCUUUCUGAGAAAAAAAGUUUUGCUGAGAACGGGAAAACGAUUGGCGAGAAGGCCAUUUCCAUCGAUCCACUUUGUGCUGAAAGUCAUCAGUGGUAUGCUAUACUCUGUGGACUUCUGUCAGAAUAUGAUUCAGUCCAGAAUAAAAUUAAAAAUGGAUAUCUUUUUAAGGAUCAUCUGGACAAAGCAAUUGAACUGAAACCUGAGGAUCCUUUGUCCUAUUACCUGCUGGGUCGCUGGUGUUAUGCUGUGUCACAAUGUACAUGGAUUGAGAGGAAAAUCGCUGCUGCUUUAUUUGGCGAGCCACCAAGUGCCACAGUCCAGGACGCCCUGCAGAACUUCCUUAAGGCAGAAGAGAUCAGUCCAAAGUACUCCAAAUUCAACUAUGUGUUUUUAGCCAAGUGUUACAAAGACUUGGGUCAGAAGACUCGAGCCCGUCAGAUGUGUGACGCUGCCUUGGCAAUGUGCAUCGUGACUAAAGAGGACGAAGAAGCGCAGAAGGAGCUAGACUCUCUCAUCUCAUCUCUAUAAUAAAUCUCAGGCUAAAGGGAACAAAAGCGUCUUUGUGCUCCAUCUCCUGUUUGGAACGGUGGCCGGACUGUAGCUGUUUAUCAACAUAUGAAUACUGUAACACAUAAACUACAGAUGAAUGCCAUUGAAGAAAUGUGGAAAAAAAUAUGCGGUUUUGUGCACCCAUUUGAAGGAAACCCAUUAGCAAUACUGUUUUUACGUGACAGGCAGAAUAAGGGUCUGUUUUCUUACAGGUUACGCAUUAAAUACGGUAUGCACUUAUUCAGGAUAGUUACUUUUCAUUCCUUUUCGGUUUAUUUUAAAGGUGCUGUUAUAAUGCAUUCAUUCAUCUCUAUAUGAAUACCUAAUCUCUUGAAAUACCCACAAGACACAAGGGAUGAUGUCAUCUUUUAGGUUAUGUAUAAAGGUACAGUAAUACUCAGGUAAAAUGCCCGGUGACCUAUUUACGGUUAGUGAAAUGAUACCCACGGACAAAGAAAAUCCCUGAGCAAGUAAAAGAGGUUUUCAGAAUGUAUAGACUUAUAUUACUAGAUUUCUUUGGCUAUUGUUAGCAGCCUUCAUCCUUUAAGUAUUAUGUAGCCACUUUCGAUAAAGUCUGGUCCGGUUUACUGUUGAUUACACAAGAAAGAUUGGUUUUGCGUGAAAAGUGACCAAUUUUGGUUUGUUUUAUGUGGUAUUAGGAAAAAUAUAAACUAAAUAGUUGUGAACUCUAGUAAACACAAAAAAAAAAUCUAUAUUGUAAUACUGUUUCUUUUACAGUAUGCUGGGUUUGCUUUAACACAUCGUUCGGUCAAAUAUAAGCAUUUUCAGGCUUAAUUUAACCCAACAUUAGUGCUUGUCUCUUUUGACCCAAUGUUGAAAAUAACCCAGCAUUUUAGAGUUUAAACAAACAUGGUAAAUUUAUGUGUAUAUAUAUAUAUAUAUAUAUAUAUAUAUUAAAUAAUUGCACAACGUUGCAAACUACGGUAGGAAGUUUUUGUACAAUUGUGUAAGUCAUUUAAGGAUCAGGAUCCAAAUCCCUCCAUUUUCAUGUAAUCAUAUUUACUUUCUGGAUUAUCGUUGUGGAUUAUAUUAUUUUUUUUCAUAGUUUGUUAAACAAUUUGGGAUUUGUGUUCGUUUUGAUUCAUAUAUACAUUAUUAUUGACCAAAGUUUGUUAAUACGUCCCUUCCACUGAAAUGGAGGCGGGCGUAAGUGUACGGUUUAAUUGUUUUCAUCCUUUAUGUCAUUGCAAUUAUAGUUUUUAUUUUGUUUGUUUACAGUGAUAAUCCAGCAUUAAGAAUGUAAUGGGUAUUAUAAUUUAAUGUGAUGUCACUUUGUAUGAUAAUGGUGCAUUUUAAAUGAAUACUGUAAUUUUGUGUAUAAUGCAUUUAAAAUUCAUCACAUUGGUGAAUGUAAUGAUAAGGAUCGUCAUUGCUGGUAUAAUAUACACUAAGGUGAAUUGCUAUUGUUUCUUUCUCAUUUCUGUGUAUUGUGAAGGUUUGUAAUUGUCAUUGCACCAGAAUUAAAUUGCAGUUUUAUUCAUAAA